CUUCCCCUCGGAGCUGCAGAGCCAUGGGCUGCUCCAGCAGCGCCCGCAGCCGCCCCCAGGACCCCCCCAGCAGCAGCGGGGCGCCGACGAGGGCAUCAUCGGGGGAGAACUCCCCAGUUGCUGAUGGUUAUGAAACCAUAGCUGACCAAACACAGCUGGAUGCAGUGGAGGAUGUGAGCCUGGCCUCUGAGGAGCUGAAAUUGGGCGAGCACCUGCCAGGGGAAGAGUCCACAGCCGUGACUCUAGCUGUGGAGCCACAGAUCGACUCGGUCCGUGAGCGGGAAGAGCCGGAGGGCACCGAGCCGCCACGUGUAGCACCGGAGCAGAGCUCGGAGCUGCCCUCUGUGUGGCGGGAGGAGAGCACCGGGACUUCACUGCCAGCACUGAGGGACAAUGCUGGGCCACCAGCACCGGAACCGGCAGAGGACAGUGGGCUGGUGGAAAGCAGUGACAGCUUUGCGGUGGAGAUCAUCAAGAAAGUGCAUAUUGCUGAAGAGGACCACUUAAUUGAGGGUGAGACGGGAGAACAGGUGGAAACUGAGCUGCUCAGUCAAAUAGUAAGUGGAGGGCCUGAAACAAAAGAAGAGGAAACAGGAGAAGCUGUGGAUGGCGCAGCGGCGACAGAGAUAGAGACAGCUAGUAACAAAGAAUAGAAGCUACGUCUGUAUGAACAUCCUCUUCUUGGGCCGGCCCUUCUGUCCACACAAAAGUUUUUAAAUUUUGCUGCAUUGGGAAAAUAGAGCUUUUAUAGAUGGAGCCACAAACCUGAAGAAGAAACAUCAAAAGAGGUUUUAUAGAAUGUAUAUGUUUUUGAAGUCAAGCUGCCAAGACUUCAAGUGUUUAAAGUACCUGACCUGACACCUCCCUGCCACAGAGUGCCUUCCAUACAUUGCCAGCACAGCGGGAUGAUUCCGACAGCUGUAUAACCAUCCAGUUUUCAAUUAGGGUUCUAACUUCAAACCUCUGAAAUGUUCAACCAGCAUUACGUCGGAGAAAGAACAGAGUGUAGAGUGGUUUUAGUUUUAUUUUAAUGGUAGUGCAAACAGAAAGUCAGAAAGGGAAGUCCUACUCCUGAGAACUCCUGCACGUGCUGGCAAUUCCUCAGAGUGCCUGCACAACCAAGUUACGGAGCUGCUGGCGUGUGCUGCACGCAGAGGACUAGGACCCAAAACUGCCCAUUUUCUGGGUUGUAGCUAAACGCAAAGGUUAGCUUUUCAGAAAGUGGAAGAUACACGGGUCACAAUGUACAGCAAGCAAGCAGGUGUCUUCUGCUAACUCCAUUUUUAAACACGUUCAUUAAAAGGAGAAAAAAGGGCAUUUUUAACUAGGAGGAGAACAUUUUAGUUUUCUGAAUUCUGGCACACUUAAAAUACAAAUUCACAGUUGUUAACACGCGUGGUGAUUAAUACGCCAUCUUGAGCGAUGUAGCUCCUAACAUACACUCCUGGCUUCUAAAAUAGAUUUCUAACCAGAGACAUACAUAAGCCUGACCCCAUAGGAGAGAUCCUUGUUCCAUUUCCCCAUUUCUCUAGGAAAAACACACAUUCAGGAAUGGUGUUAUUUUGCCAGAAUGCUAAGGAAAUAUUUCGGAGCUGAGGCUGAAUGACAAAACCUUCAAACAAAUUUCCUGUCGAAAAGAGGCCCCAAAUAUAAUUGGUGUUAUGGAUCUGAUAGAGAGUAGAAAUUUCAUCUGAGGGUGAGUGAUGCAAAGGGACUCUGUAUUUUAUUGGAGACUGUUUGCCAGAUUCUCUGGCAUAAAGAAGUAGAAUAUGGAGAAAAGGUCAAGCAUCUCAGAAGGGCAAAUGUAGCUAUUUUUAUUAGCUUUAUUGUACAAAAGGACUUAAAAAAAUUUUAUUGUCAGCAGCAAAUUAUCAAAAUCUCCUCUAAGCUAAAUUUUGUGCUGUGUGUGCAUGCCUGACUCCAGCUGACUUUGGUUUGCAUUAACUAUUUUAAUUGAUAUCCCUGGCCUAUCAGCCUUUUUUACUUUAGCUGAUAUUUCUCGGCUGUAUCACAGCAUCUAAGGUUUUCUCCGUAUCAGCAGUCUUUUCAGACUGCAGCUAUCUUCAUGUCAGGUCACCUUCCUGCAGGCAUACACCCCGGGGUCUUCCACUUUCAGCAGUUCCAGUGCCUGGCGUCCUCCUGUCAGCUGGGGAUUUGGUUCAACUACCAGCACCUGAGCUGGCACCACCCAGCUCCCAAACACAGGGAUCUGCUGUGCUGACUACUUGCAAGUUACUUGUUAGAUCUGGAGAUGCAGUUUGGCUGGCUGUAUUGAGAGAUUUAAAAGCAGAAACUGAUGGCAAUUCCGUGACGGAGACUAGUAGCAUUAACAGCAACAGCAGAGACAGCGCUUGGAAAUGAAAUAGGAAGAUACGAGAGUCAGGGUAACCUGUUCACCUCAGAAUCGCUCUCGCUGCCGCCCUUGUUACAAGGAAGACAGGUGACAGUUUACACUCUUACCUCCUUAUUCAACUUUUUCAAAUCAUUAGAAACAAUGCUAAUUGGAAACAAGAGGAGGGUUACCCAAUCAGUGACUCAGCAGGUCAGCCCUUCUCUGUCAUCUUCAGUCCUUACAUAUCUUGUAAAUACAAUAAGUGAAAGCUGUGUUACCUUUUCCUUCCCAAAAAGUGAAAUAUGCUUGACACUGUGCUAAGCGCAAAAUGUUAAUUGCAUAAAUUACAAGAUCAGAACUCAGAUGCUAGGCUUAUGCUGAACAUCCCUCCCUUGAGAAAUAAGACAAUCACUGUCCCACUGAGGCCUAGUAUUUAUGGUCUAUAAGCUACUAAAAUGUGUACCAUGCAUAAAGGGCCAAACUAUGUGCACUUAUUUGCUUCUGCAAACCUCUGGACAUCACAGGCAUUGCCAAGGGCAGAAAUUGGCCUGUGGAUCAAAUAGCUUUCUCAUCUUAAAUGCUGAGCAGAGGAUACGUUCCGAUACCUGUUUACAAGAUAUACCUCCAGAGCUAGUACAAUGUACCUUAGCUUUUUAUUUUAAAUAUAACCAAAAUAAAAACAUAUUUUCAUAAAUGUGUAUCAGAAGCUAGAUGAUCUUAACUCUUAAACUUCAUCCAAGCUAGCACUUACCAUUCGAUGCUACACUAAGUGUUGAAUAGGACCCUUGAUUGAAUAAAUCUCCAAUCUAACAAGAAAGGUAGGAAUUUUGUUUCAAUUACCCAAAACCACUGCCUUAUAGAAGUUAAAUUUGGACCCCACCAGCUCUAUGCAGACAAACGUGCAUAGUAGUAGGAUCCCAGCAGAUACUCAGCAAUCCGGCUUGGAAAGGUUGGCUCUUCUACUUGACGCGUAACUUCUUUCAGAUGAAGGCUGCACGAAGAGCAAGGUGCUUGUAGCAGAAGAUUAGGGCAGGUUAAGUUUUGUUAUAUGUUUUAACAGAGAACAAAGUUUAUUGAAAUUGUCUACCGAGCUUUAUUUUUGCAUUGUUUAAUCUGUAGAGAACAUAGUCAUUAGGAGAUAAAAAGCUACUAAAAGAAAACCCUGGGUGA